AGUCCCAGAAGAAGCAACCGCCAUGCUUCUCCUUCCUUUCUCCAUGCUGAUCCUGCUCACACAGCCCCUGAGGUCACUGGGAGCAGAAAUGAAGACCUAUUCCCAGAGAACAGUGGCCAGCACUUGCGCCCUGGUCAUGUGUAGCCCUGUGGAGAAUGGCCUGCCCGGUCGUGAUGGACGGGAUGGAAGAGAUGGCCCCCGAGGCGAGAAGGGGGAUCCAGGUUUGCCAGGAGCUGUAGGGAGAGCCGGGAUGCCUGGACCAGCUGGCCCCGUUGGGCCCAAAGGGGACAAUGGCUCUGAGGGAGAGCCUGGACCAAAGGGAGACUCUGGACCAUCUGGACCUCCGGGACCUCGAGGCGUGCCUGGUUCAGCUGGCAGAGAGGGUCCAUCAGGGAAGCAGGGGAACAUAGGUCCUGAAGGCCCACCUGGCCCUAAAGGAGAGGCCGGGCCCAAAGGAGAAGCGGGUGUGGCCGGCAAGCCAGGCUCUGCGGGGACACAAGGUCCCACAGGUGUUAAAGGAGAGAGAGGUGCCCCGGGUGAGCGUGGAGCCCCUGGGAAUGCCGGGGCAGCAGGACCUGCUGGAGCCAUGGGUCCACCGGGACCUCCAGGUGCCAAAGGGCCCCCGGGACUGAAGGGGGACAGAGGUGCUCCUGGGGAAAAAGGAACGAAGGGAGAGAGUGGGCUUCCAGACAUCACUGCUCUGAGGCGGCAGGUGGAGGCCUUACAUGGACAGGUACAACACCUCCAGAAUGCCUUCUCUCAGUAUAGGAAAGUGGAGCUCUUCCCCAACGGCCGAGCUGUUGGGGAGAAGAUCUUCAAGACAGGGGAUUUUGAAAAGAGUUUUGAGGAUGCGCAGCAGGUGUGUAUGCAGGCAGGGGGACAGAUGGCCUCCCCGCGCUCUGCAGCUGAGAACGAGGCCCUGCAGCAGCUGGCCACCAUUCAGAACAAGUCUGCUUUCCUGAGCAUGACUGACAUCAAGACAGAGGGCCAGUUCAUCUACCCCACCGGGGAGCCCCUGGUCUAUUCCAACUGGGCCCCAGGGGAACCCAACAACAGCGGCGGCUCAGAGAACUGUGUGGAGAUCCUUACCAACGGCAAGUGGAACGACAAGGCCUGCGGGGAGCCGCUCCUGGUGGUCUGCGAGUUCUGAGCCGCGGGGGCCGGCCGGGGAGCCUGGCCAGCGAGUGGGGACCCAGGCCCAUGUGCUGCCAAUGCCCCAAUAAAAUGGCACCGCCUCUGCCGGCCAGGGCUUCUCCGUAGAGCCGUGGGGGGAGGCCAGAAGGCAGGUCCCUGCCUUUUUUUUGGUAUUUUCUUUUCUUCUUUUUUUAAAUUAAGUUUUUAUUUUAAUUCCAGUUCGUUAGCAUACAGAGUUAUAUUAGUUUCAGGUGUAGAAUAUAGCGAUUCAACAGUUCCAUACAUCACCUUGGGCUCAUCAUGACCAAGUAUUACAAAGAAUGUAAAUGAGAGAUGCCUGGGUGGCUCAGUCGGUUAAGCAUCUGCCUUUGGCUCAGGUCAUGAUCCCAGGGUCUUGGGAUCGUGGGGCUCCUUGCUCAGCGGGGAGCUUGCUUCUCUCUCUGCCUGCCACUCCCCCUGCUUGUACUCUCUCUCUCUCUCUGACAUUAAAAAAAAGAAACACAAAAUAUAAA